CAUUCUUGGUUUCCUAAUUACAAAUUUCUAUGCGAAAAGUAGAGUUACCUGAAAUAAAUAUAGUAUGUUAUUCUUUUCCAAAUAAUCAAUUGACUCGAUAUAUGGAUCAUUGAUUUUUGUAUCAACGCCGUGACUUUCUUUUCCAAUUCCCUCUUCUGUAGUUCUACCGGAUCGGUUUUCUUGAGCUGUCACUGAUGUUCUUUCUAAGGCUGCUUCCGCCAUAUUUCUCGAAUAAUUAUUAGUGACUGUUGCCUCGCAACGAGCCUCAAAGAGAUCCAUCAAAAUGAGGCUUCUCUGGCGGCCGCCAUUACAUUCCAGAAGAAAGAUGCACUCGCCAAAUUCAAAGUCAAUAGCUCGUAACGCCCGGCGAUAUGCAACACCUUUGUUAUAUUUUCUAAAAAAAGGAUUAUCUUCUGUAUCACAGUCAAGUUUAUAUCGAUCACAAAGUACCAUCCGUGCACGUUAUAAAGGUGGUUUUGGAAGUAAAUUCAUAAGUGAUGACGUGCAGGACAGGGUACGGUUUUGUUUUUGUGGAGCUGGAGCAAUUUCAGUGCAGAGGAGAUUCAAAGGUUCAAGAAGUAAUGAAGCAAACGGCGAACCACUGAAAGAAGAUACAGAAAUUGAUGAGAGAAUCUACACACAUCACCUUGUUGAGCCCCCCAAUUCUGAUUCAAAUUUGAGAAGAAUCACAUUUGCUGUGCCUAGAAAGCUACAUUCACAUGACAAGAAGCUUAUUCAAGAAAGAGAUGACACUUUUGAAUGGAAUGAUGAGUUCUGGAAAAGCCACAACAAGAAAUUCUUCCAGGAAAAGAAAGAUUUCACAAGAAGGAUGGCAGAUUCAGGCAGUUUAUCAGAAAAAGAUAUGUCAGACGAGAUGUCAAAGUUUUACAAGGAUUUCCUUGACAGGCAUUACAAAAUGCACAUGGAUUAUAAUAGGCAGUGGUAUAAAAGAAAUUUUGGCAUGCUUCUGACCGCUUUACGUGCUUCGUUGAAGAGAAUAACGCAGGGUAGAUAGCAACGUUUUGAUUAUCUCAUUACACAUUGCUAAUUUCACUGUAUUUAAGUAUGUGAUAGAAAUAGUUUGUAUGAAGUAUCUAGUGUAUUUUAAAAUUGAAUCUUAAAGUUGAA